GCUUGGUCACUAGUCACUGUCCACUGGCCAUUAUCCAUUGUCAAUGACCUGGCACAAUGCAUUGCAGAGUCACAAGCCAACAUAUGGCAGGUAUACCUGCCACAAUUCUCCAUUCGUCCACAACCCAAACGCUAUAAAGUGCCAGCACAAAUUUUCCUGAUCCUAGCUUCUAUCACCUCCAUUGAUUACUCCCACGAGUGCUAAAUCUAACUUGAAUCCCGUAACACCGUCAUAAAUCCCCUCCUUUCAUACACACCGAAAGACAAACUACUAUCAUGGGAAACGGAUCAUCCAAGUCACGAUCACGGUGUACCAGGGGACAACCUGGGGACUUCAGUGCUGAUCAUGUACAGAACAUCAAAUCAUCCCUUGCUGGACACAGUGGUGACAGCUACCAAUCGGCCCCCCCACCAUAUACUACCUCUGCCACAUCAGCAACGCACUGGUCUCCUGGGAAUGCCAGUGAAGCAGCCCGAGUAGCGUAUCUCCGCCAACCUCUGCGUGCGGAAUCAUUGGAAGAUGCGCUCGAGACGCUGCGCCAAUAUGACACAAUUAUUAUCAUGGACGAUUCCUCAUCGAUGGCUGGUUCGCUAUGGAAGGAGGCAAAACAGGCUCUAGCCACACUCGCUGAUGUUGCGAGCCAAUAUGAUGCUAAUGGCGUCGAUAUUCACUUUUUGAACCAUUACGGAAGCAUGACAGGAGUUACAGAGUCCAAAGCUAUCCACGAACAAUUUGCCAACCUCCAGCCUUGUGGCCCUACCCCUAUCGGGCACCGGCUCGAUGUAAUCCUCGGGGAUUAUUUCCGUGACUUGGACGCUGCUAAAAGACAGGAGGAUGCUGGUGACUAUUUUGCACGCAAGCAAAUAAAGCCCGUGAAUGUGAUCGUUAUCACUGAUGGGGCACCAACGGACGAUCCCGAGAGUGUAAUCGUCUCUUUUGCUAAGCGACUCGAUGCCGAUAAGUGGCCACUUGCACAGGUUGGGAUACAGUUCGUUCAGAUAGGGAAUUCGAGACGCGCAACUCAAUUCCUAGUAGAGUUGGAUGAUAACUUGAAGCAAACACAUCAAAUACGAGAUAUUGUGGACACAACGCCCUAUAUCGGCCAACUGAAUGCUGAGAUGCUCAUCAAAAUUCUCCUCGGUGGCAUCAAUCGUCGUGUGGAUACCAAGGGUGGUGCUGCGGUUAUGUAUUAGGAAGUUUUAGAUUGCAAUGUGGCGAGAUAUUCUAUCUUAUGAGGCACAGGUUUUGUCGUCAGCUCGGUAAUGCACAAAAUUACUGUAGUAAAUACUAUACCACCCAUGUACAUGCCUUAGUAAUUGACAAGUAUGAAUAUUGAAUUACAAA